AAAGUAGGAGUAGGAGAAUUACUCAUCACAAAUGGGAUUGGACGAAGCCAAUGGAUUUCUAUUGGCACUCCAUUGGAAUCGUCCAAUACCAUUUGCGAAGUCUCCUCUCCGUCACUUGGAGCAGAUUCCGAGCAAAAUCCCUAACAUCAUUGGAUACACUAGAUACCAAUGGACACACUGAUCUUGAGUGGAAAUUCCAAGAAUGGUCAAACGUCGAGAACUCUGCCCGCAGCCACUCUCGCACGCCAACACCAACAAUUGAGACGCCUCUUGUGGAGAAAAAGUGAAACUCCGUAGCCAGUUUCAUAGAUGCCGGUUUAAAUCUUUAUUCACGAAUAUUACCAACCUAACCUUAACCGCGUGUGCACAUGUACACUAAAAAAUUGGAUUUGAGAAAAGAAAGAUAUAAAUUCUGCAUAAUUUCAUAGUUUGUAUCUAUAUAAGUUAGUUUAAUUGUUGUGCGAUAAGUUUUUCAAGUUUCAAGAUGUUUAAUAAGACAUUUCGGGGAUGUAUUGUUAUUUCGAGGAAACCUCAUUUAAAUACUUGUAUUUCUAUAAUACAAAAUAAAAGUGUAAACACAAUAUUUACACAUUCGACACAGAAACACCAUUUUAAAUAUUGUGCAUUAAUAACACGAACAUACUCUGGAUUGAAUAAAUCUAUGGAAGUGACUCGACAGUACAGAGAAAACGAUGAAAAGAAAUUUCAAAAAUUUCUUGAAGUUCCUGAGAAUCGUUUAAUAUUUCAGAAAUUAGAAUUAGAAGUAGAAAACUAUCGGUAUUCAAAUGGCAGAGUACCAACUAAGCUACGCCCUACAGACUGGUUACUGUUACUUGCAAUAACUAGUAAAACACAACAGAGAGGAUAUUUAGAGUUUCGUUGGAGAAUUGAACAAGUGAAGGAAGAUGCAAAGAAAAUGAAACAAAUAACAGCAGAUAUAGAAAAAUCACAUGUACCAAUAGAUCAAAGUGGUGAUAUUAUUCGUUAUGGUUUACACUUUAACACAAUGUUCUUGCGUAUAGCAAAUAAAAUGAUGAACAAUUUUUACAAUAUGAGGUUAAUGAAUGCUAUAUUAUAUGAACCAAGAGUAGUAUAUGAUCUUAGUUAUGACAGUUAUAUGUCAGUAUUUGAAUCUUAUAAUUGUGCAAAGCAAUUAGUGUUGGCAUUUGCACAAAAUCGAAAUCACAAAAGUCCCUUCAAUUUAUAUUUUUGCAAUGCUGAUAAAUCUACUCUUGUGAUGAGACAGAUGCAUAAAAAUAUACCAACAAUGUAUGAUGAUAACUUCCCAUUAAAUAUUACUGAAAAAUCAUACUUAGAUAUAUUUGACAAAGAUAAAUUAAUAUAUCUCACACCAGAUACGAACCAAGUACUACAAAACUUUGAUGCUGAUAUGGUGUACAUAAUUGGUGGCAUGGUAGAUAAGAUGCAUCCUAAACGAAUUUCAUUUGCAAAAGCUAGAAGUGAAGGAGUUCGGAUGGCCCGAUUGCCUCUAUCUGAACAUUUGCCAUGGGGGACUGGAUCUACAAAGAAUCUUCCUUUGAAUCAAGUUCUAGGCAUAUUAUUGGAUCUACAUCAUACAAAUGAUUGGGAUAUAGCACUGAAACAUAUUCCUAGAAGAAAAUUGAAACCAGCAAGACUUCUUGAAAUGCGUAAGGAAAUGGCUAAAAGACAAGAAAUUAUAGAUUUGUUAACGAGCUUGGGAUAAUUAUUAGUGAUAGAAUUAAGUUGUAAAAUGAAAAAUAAGAUGUAUAUUUAAAUAAUUAAUACACAACAGUAAAUUUUA